AUGGGUUCUGUUUCUCCUCAUAGUUCUCCUCAAUCCUUGCUUGAGAAUUCUUCAAACAAUUUUCGAAUAUAUGUAGCUUUCUCUCGUAGAGAUUCUUCAUUGAGAUCCAAUGUAUCUAAUUGGAUUGAAUGCUACAAUCCUUCAAAUAAUUUAUGGCAAAAGGUAAGUGUUAUUCCAGGAUUAAUUGAUAAUCAUAUGCUAAAGGGUUUCUCUAUGGUUUCAAUUAGUGAUUCUAUUUAUAUAAUCGGUGGAAAGCUUGUUUUGAAAAUUAUAGGGAGUGAUCCAGAUAAUACUAUUACAACUGAUGUGGACAUGAAAGUGGUUUCUUGCGUGCUUCGUUAUGAUACAAAAAAUGAUGUUUGGUCCAAGUGUGCAUCUUUACGUGUGCCACGUUUUGAUUUUGCAUGCACAGUGUGCAACAAUAAAAUUUAUGUAGCUGGAGGACAAUCUACAUUGGGGAGUGCACGUGGAAUUUCUUCAGCUGAAGUUUACGAUCCAGCACUAGAUGAAUGGCAAACACUACCUAACAUGAGUGCAAUGAGAUACAAAUGUGUCGGGGUAACAUGGCAAGAGAAAAUUCAUGUAGUUGGAGGGUUUGCUGAGAGAGAUGAUCCGAGAUUAACACCAUGGAACACAAAAGAAAGAAGCUCAGCUGAGGUAUACGACUCGAGUAAUUCCAAAUGGGAUCUAAUGUUAGGAAUGUGGCAAUUAGAUGUACCACCCAAUCAAAUAGUAGUCGUAGAUGAUAAACUCUUUAGCUCAGGAGAUUGCUUAAAUGCUUGGAAAGGUCAUAUUGAGGCAUACGACGGCAAACUUAACAUAUGGAAUGUGGUUGAUGGCUCACAGUUACAAGCUUUAGCUUCACCCAUUUCUAAUAUGUCACAAACUUAUUGGCCUCCAACCCCACAAUUACGACUCUACCUCACUAUGGUUCCUAUUGGAACCCACUUAUAUUUUUUGGCAGGCUACAAAAAGUCUGAGGAUUAUUAUAAAUCCACGUCAAUUGUUCACAUAUUUGAUACAUCAGCAAAUAAAGACGGAUGGACCAGUUUGGAGCCAAUAGAAGAGGAAUGCGAAAAAGAACUAUGUAGCCACUGUUGUGUGGUCAAAUAA